AUGCCCGGCAAAAUACAGUCACAUCACGCCAGGCUCUCACAGUCAUUCGCACGCCACUCCCAUGGCGCCAGGGAACCCCGGGGGCAGGCAUCGCCCCGCCCCGCGUCCUCUGCCAAAGAUCUGGGCACCGGGUCCGCAGGCCCCGACUCCCACCCACAAAGAGUCCCGGGCUCAGAGUUCGCGGCUUCCCGAGGACUCACCACCGAGCCCGCGGACGCAGGCCCCGAUUCCACACCCCAACGCCGCCCAGCGGCACAGCCGGUGCGGGCUGUGAUAGGGGCGCCACUGAGGUCGCCGCCGGCUGCGGCUGAAGACAACACGAGCCUCCGUCCGUCAGACGCGAGGCAACACUCCCAGAGGCCCCCGCGGCUCACCCGGCAGGACGGGUUUCCUGCGUGCGAGCGGCUCAGAACUGAAAGGAAUCGAGGCUUUCGGGCCCCGCUUUGGAAGGCCUGGCACAGGCUGGCGUGCAAGGACUCUGUGGAGGUGACGACAUUACGAACCCCGAGCGGACCCGAUCCAGAGCUGCUGGACCCUGCAGCGCCGCGGCCUUUUCUGCUCUGGACUACGUUUCCCAGGGGCCCUCGCGGAAACUGGCCCAGCGGCCCCUUUGUGUCCUCCGGAGGCCGAGGCAGCGGUGGCGCUUCUGUGCCCGCCCGCUGGGGCUGGGUUCCAUCCAGCUCUCAGGGUAGCGAGGUGAGGCCCGAGUGGAAAUUCCCAGAGCCUUCGGAGCGGGAACGGGACCUUUCCGCAUCGUCUGAGGACACUGCCAUUUCCCAAGAGAAGAGCCGGGAGGAAGAAAGAAUGGCUUUUAGACUUCUUAAAGCGAUGUACCAGGUAGACAAAAGGUCACUCUGUAGCAGAAUGAUACUUGGAUGCAUCAAAAAGGCCAAGAACAUUCACACCACAGAGGUACUGAUAGGUACAGGACUUUGCUUUUCCAAGCCAGGUGUGAUAUUGUUGUUGGAGCAAGGAAAAGAGCCCUGGAUGGUGAAGAGAGAGCUGACAAAAGGCUUGUACUCAGACUGGGAACCAAUAUGUGAGACUGAAGAAUUAACCCCAAAGCAGGACCUUUUUAAAGAACAACAGUCCCAGAAAAUAAUAGAAAAACUUACAAGCUAUGGCCUUGAGUACUCCAGUUUGAGAGAAGAGUGGAAAUGUGAGGGCCAUUUUGAGAGGCAACCAGGGAAUCAGAAGGCAUGUUUCAAGGAAGAGAUAAUCAUUCAUGAAGAAGCCCUUGUUGAUGAAACAGAACAAGAAUAUAACAAAUCUUGGGGAAGUUUUCAUCAUCAGAACACACUGCUUCAUACACAACAGAUCAUCCCCAAAGAGGAGAAAAUAUAUAAACAUGACACACAUAAGAAAAGCUUUAAAAAAAAUUUAAUGACCAUUAAGCCCAAGAGUGUCUGUGCAGAGAAGAGACUUUUGAAAUGUAAAGACUGUGAAAAAGUCUUCAGCCAGAGUUCAUCCCUUACUCUUCAUCAAAGAAUUCAUACUGGAGAGAAACCCUAUAAAUGUGGGGAAUGUGGAAAAGCUUUCAGCCAGAGAUCAAAUCUUGUUCAACAUCAGCGGAUUCAUACUGGGGAGAAACCCUAUGAAUGUAAGGAAUGUAGGAAAGCCUUCAGUCAGAAUGCACAUUUAGUUCAACAUCUGAGAGUUCAUACUGGAGAAAAACCUUAUGAAUGUAAGGUAUGUAGGAAAGCCUUCAGCCAGUUUGCCUACCUUGCUCAACAUCAGAGAGUGCAUACUGGAGAGAAACCCUAUGAAUGUAUUGAAUGUGGGAAAGCAUUUAGCAAUAGAUCAUCCAUUGCUCAACACCAGAGAGUUCAUACUGGAGAAAAACCUUAUGAAUGUAAUGUCUGUGGGAAAGCAUUUAGCCUUCGUGCAUACCUUACUGUACAUCAGAGAAUACAUACUGGGGAGAGACCCUAUGAGUGUAAGGAAUGUGGGAAGGCCUUCAGCCAGAAUUCACACCUUGCUCAACAUCAGAGAAUCCAUACUGGAGAAAAACCUUAUAAAUGUCAGGAAUGUAGGAAAGCCUUCAGCCAGAUUGCUUACCUUGCUCAACAUCAAAGAGUUCAUACGGGAGAGAAGCCCUAUGAAUGUAUUAAAUGUGGGAAGGCUUUUAGCAAUGACUCAUCCCUUACUCAACAUCAGAGAGUUCAUACCGGAGAAAAACCUUAUGAAUGUAAUGUUUGUGGAAAGGCUUUUAGUUACUGUGGAUCCCUUGCCCAACAUCAGAGAAUACAUACUGGAGAGAGACCCUAUGAAUGCAGGGAAUGCAAGAAAACCUUCAGGCAACAUGCACACCUUGCUCAUCAUCAGAGAAUUCACAUUGGGGAGUCACUGUCACCACCCAAUCCAGUCAAUCACCAAGUCCUGUAG